AUGGCCUGUGAUUCUUCAGACCAGCACUCUCCUCCGCCGGCAUGGCCGCUGCGGGCGGUGGCCAGCCAUGAGCAGCGCCGUUUAACCAACCCUGCCCCCCCUUUGACUCAGUGUCUGGUUCAGCCUGAAAUAGAGGAGCUGGACCCCUCACCUUCCAUGACAGGACAGCAGGUUUCAGACAAGCACCAGCUAGGACGGUUGCAGUAUUCACUGGAUUAUGACUUCCAGACUGGUCAGCUCCUGGUGGGCAUCUUGCAAGCCGAAGGACUGGCAGCGUUGGACCUGGGGGGUUCCUCGGACCCCUAUGUGAGUGUCUACCUGCUGCCAGACAAGCGGAGGCGACAUGAGACCAAGGUGCAUCGGCAGACCCUGAAUCCACACUUUGGGGAGACCUUUGCCUUCAAGGUCCCGUACGUGGAACUGGGGGGCAGAGUGCUGGUCAUGGCGGUGUAUGACUUCGAUCGCUUCUCCCGCAACGAUGCCAUCGGGGAGGUGCGGGUGCCCAUGAGUUCCGUGAACCUGGGGCGGCCGGUGCAGGCCUGGAGAGAGCUGCAGGUGGCUCCCAAAGAGGAGCAGGAGAAACUGGGGGACAUCUGCUUCUCUCUCCGCUAUGUCCCCACGGCCGGAAAGCUCACCGUCAUUGUCCUGGAAGCUAAAAACCUGAAGAAGAUGGAUGUUGGAGGACUCUCAGAUCCCUUUGUCAAAGUGCACCUGCUUCAGGGAGGCAAGAAGGUUCGGAAGAAGAAAACCACCAUUAAGAAGAACACCCUGAAUCCCUAUUACAACGAGGCCUUCAGCUUUGAGGUGCCCUGUGACCAAGUGCAGAAAGUCCAGGUGGAGCUGACCGUAUUGGACUAUGACAAGCUGGGCAAGAAUGAGGCCAUCGGGAGAGUGGCGGCGGGCGCAGCCGUCGGUGGCGCCGGCCUUCGGCACUGGGCUGACAUGUUGGCCAACCCCAGGCGGCCCAUUGCCCAGUGGCACUCACUGCGGCCCCCUGACCGAGCCAGGCCAAUGCCCGCACCCUGAUCCCCGUCAGGCAAGCACCCGACCCCCGGUCCCUCGCUCCCAGCCCCUUACAGGCCUCCCCACAUGCCUCUCCCUACUCCCCAAAUGUUGCAUCCACUCCUACCUCCACAUUGGAAAUGUUUCUAACUUCUAGCACCAGUCCCAUACCCAGAAACGCAGUGAUCUUGUGGGGAGGUGGUUAAGUCUGGCAUCCCCUGCCCCAGGGUCCUACCCUCUGCUUUGACAAUCAGCUGUGAAGCCUCUUAUCUCCUGUCUCCCAAUCUCUCAGCUCUUCCCACACAGCUUGACCCCUGUACUGCUCCUGGGCCAAAUAAAUACUCAGCAGCUUGGAGACUCUG